AUGUCCUACCCGCAGGGCUACCUGUACCAGGCGCCCGGCUCGCUGGCGCUCUACUCGUGCCCGGCGUACGGCGCCUCGGCGCUGGCGGCGCCGCGCAGCGAGGAGCUGGCUCGCUCGGCGUCGGGCUCGGCGUUCAGCCCGUACCCGGGCUCCGCGGCCUUCACGGCACAGGCGGCCACCGGCUUCGGCAGCCCGCUGCAGUACUCGGCCGACGCCGCCGCCGCCGCCGGCUUCCCGUCCUACAUGGGCGCGCCCUACGACGCCCAUACGACCGGGAUGACGGGCGCCAUCAGCUACCACCCGUACGGCAGCGCGGCCUACCCGUACCAGCUCAACGACCCCGCGUACCGCAAGAACGCCACGCGGGACGCCACGGCCACGCUCAAGGCCUGGCUCAACGAGCACCGCAAGAACCCCUACCCCACCAAGGGCGAGAAGAUCAUGCUGGCCAUCAUCACCAAGAUGACCCUCACGCAGGUGUCCACCUGGUUCGCCAACGCGCGCCGGCGCCUCAAGAAGGAGAACAAGAUGACAUGGGCGCCCAGGAACAAAAGCGAGGACGAGGACGAGGACGAGGGCGACGCCGCCAGGAGCAAGGGAGAGAGCCCGGACAAGGCGCAGGAGGGCACCGAGACGUCAGCGGAGGACGAAGGGAUCAGCCUGCACGUCGACUCGCUCACGGAUCACUCGUGCUCCGCCGAGUCGGACGGGGAGAAGCUGCCGUGUCGGCCCGGGGACCCCCUGUGCGAGUCGGGCUCCGAGUGCAAGGACAAAUACGACGACCUGGAGGACGACGAGGACGACGACGAGGAGGGCGAGCGGGACCUGGCGCCGCCCAAGCCCGUGACCUCGUCGCCGCUCACCGGCGUGGAGGCGCCGCUGCUGAGCCCCCCGCCCGAGGCCGCGCCCCGCGGCGGCGGCGGCGGCAAGAUGCCCCUGGGCAGCCGGACGUCGCCGGGCGCGCCGCAGCCCGCCAGCAAGCCCAAGCUGUGGUCUCUGGCCGAGAUCGCCACGUCGGACCUCAAGCAGCCGAGCCUGGGCCCGGGCUGCGCACCGCCGGGGCUGCCCGCGGCCGCCACGCCCGCCUCCUCCGGGGCGCCGCCGGGCGGCUCGCCCUACCCCGCGUCGCCGCUGCUCGGCCGCCACCUGUACUACACAUCGCCCUUCUACGGCAACUAUACAAACUACGGGAACUUGAACGCGGCGCUGCAGGGCCAGGGGCUUCUGCGCUACAACUCGGCGGCCGCGGCCCCCGGAGAGGCGCUGCACUCCGCGCCCAAGGCGGCCAGCGACGCGGGCAAGGCGGGCGCGCACCCGCUGGAGCCGCACUACCGGCCUCCGGGCGGCGGCUACGAGCCCAAGAAAGAUGCCAGUGAGGGCUGCACCGUGGUUGGUGGGGGCGUCCAGCCCUACCUAUAGAAGGCCCCGCGCGCACAGCAAUGCAAGUAGGUGUCACAAUUGCUUUGGAAAAAAAAAAAAGUCAGCAGGCCAUUCUCUCUCCCCAAGUUCAGAAAUACACAGAUAUAAAAAAACACAUCUCUAAGCCCGGACCGCAUCUCGUGCCACUAUAAAGGAGAAGGCGCCACAGACUCUAUCGGAACAGACUUUUAUUGGACAUGACGUGAAUUUGUUGGCAUAGUAUAGCUUCCCCAACGUAUGUGUGACUUUUGAAAACAAUCUUUUUUCUCAGGAUAUCUUGAAUUGAUCACUUCAUUGCCACGGUAUAUAUUCUCUAGGUGUGAUAGGACUUACUGUAAAAUUUAUUUGUAAAAGAUGUACACAGUAGAAAUAAAAUGUGAUUGAGAAACUUGAGUACUUAAGAAGUGGAAACAAAUUUGAUAUUUAUUUUUAUAAUGAUAUAAAGCUUCUAGUAAUUUAUGCAAGUUGUAUUGCAAUGGAAUCUAAACUUUUUGUAAAUAAAUUCUGCCUGGUUUUUAUUUGAACAUUGCUGGUUAUACAAUCUUUGUUGGUUGUUUAACAAGAAUUCUUUACUAAUUUAUAUCUUAAAUUGUAAAUAAAAACAGACUAGUCUACGACAA